AUUCGACCACCUCUUCUUCGUUGACCACCGUUUUCAUAUAAGUCAACCCCAUCUCGUUUCGCUUCAUCUGCUUAACAAAAAAACUACUGAAACACAAGCAAGAGUUCAACAAUGGCGGACCGCUUCUUCCAGAACGAGAUGCCCGACUUCGUGCAAGAAAACCCCAACGUGAUCGAAGAGGAAGCGAAGGAAAAUCGUGGAAGGGUUCAAAUUAACCCGCAAGGCACUCGCGACUCGCUCAUGCGGUUUCUCUCACUACCUCACUCCUCUCUCUCUCAGAUGCUCCAGCGCGCUGCCCUCGACCUCAAAGAAACUAUUGUGGUGGAGACGUGGGGACUGAGCGGGCAACGGGUGGAGGACUUUUCUCUCUAUGCCGGUACAUUGGGAACUGCUUAUUUGCUCUUCAAAUCUUUCCAAGUGACCCGUAACAAGAAUGAUUUGAGCCUGUGCUUAGAGAUUGUUAAGGCCUGUGAUUCCUCUUCGACUCGAUCCAGGGAUGUAACUUUUUUAUGUGGGAGAGCUGGAGUAUGUGCAUUGGGAGCCGUUGCUGCAGAGUACGUAGGCGAUGGCAAGUUGUCCGAUUACUAUAUAUCCCAAUUUAAAGAGAUAAAACUGUCGAAAGAUCACCAGGAUGAGUUACUGUACGGUAGAGCUGGAUACUUGUGGACUUGUUUAUUUUUGAAUAAAAAUUUCGGUAGGGAUACAAUUCCGGCGACCUCCACGGGUGCUAUCGUGAAAGAGAUUAUCAGGAACGGGAGGAAACUAGGAAAACGGGGAGGGUGCCCGUUGAUGUUUGAAUGGCACGGUGAAAGGUAUUGGGGUGCGGCUCAUGGGUUGGCUGGAAUCAUGCAUGUUCUGAUGGACUUUGAACUCACAUCGGACGAGCUCGAAGAUGUCAAGGGAACUCUUAAGUACAUGAUCAGCAAUAGGCUUCCCAGUGGGAAUUACCCUGCUGGCGAAGAAGAUAAGCAACACGAUGCUCUAGUACACUGGUGUCACGGAGCUCCUGGGAUCACCCUCACGCUCGUCAAGGCUGCUGAGGUGUUUGGGGAGAGAGAGUUUUUACAAGCUGCCAUGGAUGCAGCGGAGGUGGUUUGGAACCGUGGCCUACUGAAACGGCUUGGGAUUUGUCACGGCAUCAGUGGGAAUGCCUAUGUGUUCCUCGCUCUCUAUCGGCUCACUGGGAUUAUCGAGUAUCUAUACAGAGCCAAAGCUUUUGCUUGCUUCUUGCUUGAUAGUGCUCACAUUCUUAUGUCGACGGGCGAGAUGCAUGGAGGAGAUAAUCCCUUUUCGAUGUUCGAAGGUGUUGGAGGAAUGGCUCAUCUCUUCCUCGAUAUGGUUCAGCCUAAGAAUGCUAGAUUUCCUGCCUACGAAUUCUGAUAAUAUCUGUUAAUAAUACGUCCCUUUUACAUGUUACAAAUACUUUUAUGAGUUCAUGUAUAAAUUGAGACUGUUUGUGCACUUUCUAAUUCUCUAUCUAUCUGCCUUCCAAUUCGGUCA